AUGUGCAAAAAAUUGUCCAAGUGUACAAAAAACAAGCUUUUGCCAACACUGGCGAAGUUGGGUCAAACUGCAGGGAAGGAAAAAGAAGAGACCAUUGAAGAAAUUCAUGAGCAGCUGAAAAUACUUGAAGAUGAGCUGAAAGGGAAGCAAUUUUUUGGAGGGCAGAGAAUUGGAUACCUUGAUAUUGUUGCAAUGAUUUUAGUGUGGCUUCAUCUUGCAGGAUCGAUUACUGGACAAAAAAUAUUAAGCACUGAGAAUUUUCCACUGAUUUAUGAAUGGAUAGAAAGGGUGAUGAAAAUGGAGGUGGUGAAUGAAUGCUUGAUCCCAGAAGAGAAACGUCAAGAUUGGAUUCAACUCGCCCAAAGAGCCCCCAAAUCUGCUUCCAACUGA